AUGAUUGACAAGUUAUUCUUGGAGAGGAAUGGGUACACGUAUAGGAACGUUCUAGGGGAAGGCAUGUAUGGUAAAGUUGUGUGUGCAUACUCAACCCACCAGAAGCAGAGAGUUGCCAUCAAGAUUGUAGACACGAAAAAGUUGCAUUCUGAUAGCUGGGAAAUCUUCCUGUCUCGAGAAAUGGAGAUUGUCAAGUCAUUGAACCAUCCCAACAUUGUCAAGACUUACCGGAUUUUAGAUAUGAAAAAGAGCAGGACAGUCUAUAUGGUGAUGGAGCUCUGUGUGAAAGGUAAUCUUUCUACGUAUGUCACAAGUGAAGGGUCUUUAUCUGAACACUCAAGCUGCAGGCUUUUCACACAGCUGUGUGAGGCCAUCCAGUAUCUUCACAACAGGGACCUGGUGCACAGAGACCUGAAAUGUGAUAACCUACUUUUGGACAUGUAUCUCAACCUCAAAGUGGGUGACUUCGGGUUCAGCAAGAGGCUCAUUUACAUGGACAGCCACAUGAAGCUGAGUGAAACCUAUUGUGGGAGUCUGUCCUAUACAGCACCUGAAGUUUUAAUUCAUUCUCCAUACAACCCCAAAGUGUCUGACGUUUGGAGUAUGGGUGUUGUGCUGUACAGGAUGCUCUAUGGAUCAAUGCCCUUUAAUAGCACCAACCUUUUGAAGAUGGUGGAGGCUCAAAAGCAGCAUAGAAUCACAUUCCCAAAUAGUCCGACUGUUUCAUCUGAGGCACAGCAACUCAUCCAAAGCAUUCUGCACCCUACUGUUGAGUGGCGGAUUACAAUUGGCAACAUAUUGCAAAGCUCCUGGAUGUUGAAGAGGGGGAGGAUGGAAGACAGUCAUGAGGCCUCCACAUCGAGCACUGGCUCUAGACAGGAAGAACCUCAAAAUAAAAAUACCAGAGAGGACAUGGAAGUCCAAAAUGAUAAUUCAGACCCAGAAGAAGGACCAUCAACUGCUGCAGAAAGACGGUGA